CGGCGUGUGGCGGCGGCGCGGAGCGGGAGAGGCGAGGAGCAAGGGUGGGGGCGCUGGAGCAGCGGCUGUUCUGCGGCUUCGAGCCCCUUUCCCCUGGUCCCGACGCGGGAUUAGCUGCCCGCCUCGGCUCGGGCGGGCUCCCGUCGACCCUUCAGCCCCGUCUUUCGCCGCUGCUCGGCCCGCCCCGGAGCUGGGGGCAGGGUGUCGAGGGGCAGCGUGGGGCUUGGCUCUCUGAUUCAUUCAUUCUCCGCCGCCGGAGCCUCGAACUUGCGGUGCUCCGAAGAGCGGAGGGAGGAGCGGCAGCAGCGAAUGAAGGGCCGGGCGCGAGCCGGGCUCCAUUGUGCUCGGCGGCGGGGUGCGGGCAGGGGCUGAGGGAGGUGGGAUCCGGCCCCCUCCCCCUGCUCCCCGGCGUGCGCUGCGCCCCCAGCCUGCUGCCAGCCUGGAAAUGGCUCCGUGUGUUCUCCUCGGGAGAAUGAAUCGAUCCUGCCCAUCCUUCUCUUCCUCCUCCCCGCCUCCUCUCUGCUCCCAGUCUUAGGAGGGGGGAAAAAAAUUAAAAGACAGAUUCCAAUGUGGAGCGCCGUGCACGUCGCGAGCCGCUGGGUUUGCACUUCGAAGAGAUUUUUCUACAUAGCUUUUUCUAAUGUGAGUGCAGGGAAGCAGUGGCAUUACUGCGUUUAGGAUUUUUAUUUUCUCCUAGGGAUCUCUCAAGUGCACGUCGCAUUGGGUUGCACGCUCCACCCCCAGGGACCUGGUGUGGUGGAGAAAUUUGAACCCGCAGCCUUAGUAGCACCGAAAAGGCCGAGUUACCUGGGCUCUCCCCGAGUGUGGAGGAGGACAGAAGAGAAAUGACCACUGAACUCAUUUUUUAUAGGACUCCGUGAAGCUGGAUUCUGCAUUUCCCGAUUCAUAGACUCAUUUUGUGGAAUAGAGUUGACCGCCGUCUCCUCCGCGCAGCAUUUUAACUCUAAUAAGCAAAUGCCACCUCUGUUUGAACAUUUUGGUAUUUCCCAGAGAGAAAUCAUUUUACCUAAGGGAACUAACUGAAUUUUCAGCAUCACUGAAAUACCUCCACAAAAGGAUCUCGUGGGGUGGAAAAGCAACUGCGAAAUAACAGACGGAGAAAUUCCUUUGGAGUUAUUCCGUAGCAUAAAAGCAGAAACUUCCGAGCAAGUUUUCACUGGGCAAAAUGGGGGAACAACCCAUCUUCAGCACUCGAGCUCAUGUCUUCCAGAUCGACCCAAACACAAAGAAGAACUGGGUACCCACCAGCAAGCACGCAGUUACUGUGUCUUAUUUCUAUGACAGCACAAGAAACGUGUAUAGGAUAAUCAGUUUAGAUGGCUCAAAGGCAAUAAUUAACAGCACCAUCACCCCAAACAUGACAUUUACUAAAACAUCUCAGAAGUUUGGCCAGUGGGCUGAUAGCAGGGCAAACACUGUUUAUGGACUGGGGUUCUCCUCUGAGCAUCAUCUUUCGAAAUUUGCAGAAAAGUUUCAGGAAUUUAAAGAAGCUGCUCGACUAGCCAAGGAGAAAUCACAAGAAAAGAUGGAACUUACCAGUACACCUUCACAGGAAUCAGCAGGAGGGGAUCUUCAGUCUCCUUUAACACCAGAAAGUAUCAAUGGGACAGAUGAUGAAAGAACACCUGAUGUGACCCAGAACUCAGAGCCAAGGCCUGAACCAACUCAGAAUGCAUUGCCAUUUUCACAUAGUUCAGCAAUCAGCAAACAUUGGGAGGCUGAACUGGCUACCCUCAAAGGAAAUAAUGCCAAACUCACUGCAGCCCUGUUGGAGUCCACUGCCAAUGUGAAACAAUGGAAACAGCAACUUGCUGCAUAUCAAGAGGAAGCAGAACGGCUGCACAAACGGGUUACUGAGCUUGAAUGUGUUAGUAGUCAAGCAAAUGCGGUGCAUACCCAUAAGUCAGAAUUAAAUCAGACAAUACAAGAAUUGGAAGAGACACUGAAAGUGAAGGAAGAGGAAAUAGAAAGAUUAAAACAAGAAAUUGAUAAUGCCAGAGAACUACAAGAACAGAGGGACUCUUUGACUCAGAAACUACAGGAAGUAGAAAUUCGGAACAAAGACCUGGAGGGACAACUGUCUGACUUGGAGCAACGUCUGGAGAAAAGUCAGAAUGAACAAGAAGCUUUUCGCAAUAACCUGAAGACACUGUUAGAAAUUCUUGAUGGAAAAAUCUUUGAACUAACAGAAUUACGAGAUAACUUGGCCAAGCUACUAGAACGCAGCUAAGGAAAGUUAAAUUUCAGUGCCAAUUGAUUAAAAAAUAUACUGUCUCUCUUCAUAGGACUGUUUGGGCUCUGCAUCAAGAUUGCACAAAAAAUUUGAAUAUCCCUUGUCCAGGAGGAGGAUCUUUUGAAAAUUGGAAUUGUAUAUUACAGUGUAAAUUUUAGAGUUCAGCUUCUAGCUAGUUGGGGAAAAAGAGAUGAAAAACUUGAACUACAGAUUACCUCCAUGUAUAUUAUUGGCCAUAGUUAACUAGAAAGUUAUAAACAGACACUUAAUGCAAUCUUUUUUUCUGAUAUUAGCCAAUGGGAGAAUUAACAAAUGUCUGGGUCACAUCCCCUUUUUGUGUUCAACACAGUGAAGGUUAUCUGCUUUUUAAAUUAAUUUAUUUAUGAUAUCUAAAGCUGUGUUUUGUGCAAAAACUUAGUGAUGAAAGCCCUGUCUUUUGUUGUAAUCUGAAUAAUUUCUCAGGAUAUUUUUGCACUGCUGGCAGCAGUGCCAUUACCAAUUAAUUCUUGCCAGGAGUGAGAGUGAGCUGCAUCUUUAAUUGAAACAUACUUACUAUAACUGGGUGUAUAGAGUUCUUCCCUUUUUUUAUACUGGAAGAUAUUUCACUCUGGUGACCACUCUGGUACACUCUGGUGUUCUCUAAUCUUGUCUGCUAUAUAGUUUACUUUUCCAUAUUGAUUCCAUGUAUUUAUGAGAAGAUAUUGUCUCCCAUUUUAUUACACAUUUUAAAGCCAACUAAUGAAGGCAGCUGAGUCCCUCCAAAAUUUUUCUUUUUAAAUUUCUAAUAAAUUUGACACACAGUACUGAAAUACAGCAGCCCGUCACUGGCGGUCUGGUCUAGCAAUGUUAAGUAUAUUUACAGAAUAUGCAGUUACAUUUAUUUAUAUAUUUUGCAAGAAAUCUUUUCUGAAUGAUUAAUGCAUUUCAAUUUACAAAUAAUAAUGGUUGUUGGGAAACUGUUUAUUAUAGAUCAUUUUAAGGUGUAUAGCUAUUUUAAAGGCGAUCCAUUUCCAUCAAGCAACCAAUCAGAGGACUAUUGGGAUUGGAGCCGUGUACUCUGUCUGGGUCUUCACAUCAACCACGUCUCUAGUCAAUCCUCACAAGGCAAUAUUCUAAACUGUUAACUAGGCAUUUCAAAACAGGAAUUCAAUUCAGCAGGCUCUUCUCAGUGAACAGGAUUUAAUGUUGUUUUGAGGUAAUUUUAAAGGACUUUUAGCAAACAUGCAUUUCUUUAUAUAUUUCUUUUAAGAAACAGUUUUAAAAGUAAGUCAAGUGCUGUCUAGUCUGCUUAUGGAGUAGGAACUGCAUCAGAGUCCAUAUAUUCUUGCUGUCCAAUGCUUGUGAUGUUGAGGAGGGUUCUUAUUUAAAGUGUAUGCUUGAGUAUCUGACUCCAUGGAGUUUACAAAUGCACUGACUUUUUGUUUGUACCCCAAAACAGUUGAAUUGUUAAGUACAGAAUUAAGCUGGUUAAUCAAUUUGUAACCAUUUUUUCACUCACAAACAGCUAAUCAACACUAGACAAUUUUGUUUUAUAUAUGUAUGUGUAUGUAUGUAAAUGCAUACAUAUUAAUUUAUAUUAGAGUGAAAAAUAAAUGGUUUGUUUCUAAAGUUAGUUUCUAAAGUGAGUUUUCAGGUGUCUCUGAAAAGUUUAUAUCAGACACUUAAUCAUCUUGUAUUAUAUGUGCUAUAAUAUCAUGUAAGUUACCUCCAUCUAUUUUAGGGUAUUUUCCUCACCUGUUUAUAAUAGGGAGGAUAAUUUAGGUACACAAGCUCAGAGCUAUUUCUCUGAUAAAUCAGGUAAUAAAAUUUAUUUGAUUGAUGGAA